GGAAAGUGAUUGACACGGCGGCCAUUUUGCCGCUCUGCUCUGGCCAUUGUGUGAGAGAUAGUAAAUACUGACAGUACAGACAAGCACUACACAUUUUUCUCAGCGGAAAAGUGUUUAAAUUCUCCUAAGGUGAGCAGAAACAGGCAUGGCACGUACCAAGCAGACCGCCCGUAAGUCUACUGGAGGCAAAGCCCCCCGUAAGCAGCUGGCCACCAAAGCUGCCCGCAAGAGUGCGCCAUCUACUGGUGGGGUGAAGAAGCCCCAUCGUUACAGGCCCGGAACUGUGGCUCUGCGUGAGAUCCGUCGGUACCAGAAGUCCACUGAGCUGCUGAUUCGCAAGCUGCCCUUCCAGCGCCUGGUGAGGGAGAUCGCUCAGGACUUCAAGACUGACCUGCGUUUCCAGAGUGCAGCCAUUGGAGCUCUGCAGGAGGCCAGUGAGGCGUAUCUGGUGGGUCUGUUUGAGGACACCAACCUGUGCGCCAUCCACGCCAAGCGUGUCACCAUCAUGCCCAAAGACAUCCAGCUGGCCCGUCGUAUUCGUGGGGAGCGUGCUUAAAUGCACCCCCCCACACACACCCCUCCCCAUGGCCAAUCCUCCUUCUCUUUCUUUUCCUCUUCACUGCCUCCCUUCUUCCUUCCUUCCCCCUCCUCUUCCCUUCACCCCUUCUUCUUGGUAGAGUUUAGAAUAUCAGUGAUCAUGAUGAGAGGUUGUGUAUAAGUCCAGUCUCUUAGUCUCCGUCUGUUUGUGCCGCAGGCGGGUAGGGUACCUUUAUGUGCAUGUAAAACAGGUGCUUCUGAUCAGGGACUCACCCCAGCAUGCAAGCACACACACACACACACACACACACACACAUAUAUGCAAGCACACACACACACACACACACACACACACCCACACACACACAGAGAGACACACACAGACACAUACACAUUCAAACAAGAGCACGCGCACACAAGCGAUUGGUGAGUAAACGAGGUUCUCAUUAACACAUCAUCAUAUUUAUGUGCCAGAGAAGAGCUACCCUCGAAAGAUCACACACAGAAACACAUACACACAGACCCACACACACACACACACACACACACACAGCAGAGGGCCGAGUUGGGGUAAGGACUGGGGUUAGUCUGCUAAAGGGGAGCGGUAACUUCCACAGCAGGGUGCUAAAUUACACUAACCCCGUCCUGCUCAUAACACGCACACACGCGCACCAAGACAAGUAUCCUGUUCCUUCGACACUCAGAAUCCAUCCUUAUUGUCUUUCCAUCAGACACUGGGCUGGACAAAACUUGAUUAGAGUUUUAUUCCUGUUUCUGUCAUGUCAUCCCCCCCAACUCACACACACAAACACACACACACACACACACACACACACACACACACACUGUGUGGAGGGUCAACUCUUCUCUCAUGGUGGUGGUGUUUGGUCCCUGAUCAGCUGUGCAUAUUUAGUAUUCAACUGCAGACCUGCAUCUAUUGGUUGAAAGUUGUUACUUAAAAUAUUGAUGAUUACUAUAAAUGUUGAUAUGGUGUCUUUUUUUUUCUCUUUUUUAUUAUGAUGCAUUGCAUACACAAUUUCUUUUUACCACUGUUAGCAGAAGAGCGUGAUAAAUCACAUAUAUAAUGUUUUUUUUUUUUUGUAUUACUAUUAAGAUUAUUUUCUGUUAAGUAGCAGCCGAUCUUCUUUCCCCCCUGUUUUACACUCUGGCAGCCACAGGGGGGCGCUAUAACCCAGCAUCUCAUUCACUGUGUUACUGGUAAUCAUUCAUUAAUACUCUUGCUCCCUACCCCUCACACACCUCUAUUUCAGAUCGGCAUUAGGUUUCACAAAAGUGUAGCAAAAAAAGUUAUUCUUACAUUUAGUCUCUACAUCCACUCUAUAUGUAGAUUUGAUUGUAGACUCUCCUGUUUUUUCACACUUGCGAUACACAGUAUAACCUCAUGUUGUAAUUUCAUUCUUUUUUGUUUCGGUUUUCGGUAUUUUCAGAAGUUUAAAUAAGCUGAUCUUUGUAUUUUCCAAAUUUCUCAUACUAUGGUGGUAAUAAAUAGAUGUUACACACAA